AUGAUAUUGAAAUGGGAUUGGCUUCGGCUAUGGAGUUUGGUUUGCAAAUGGCCAGGAACUUACAGGUGGGAGACUACAUUGUUGAAACAAAUUGUUUGGGGCUUUGCCCAGAAGGUAGAGGUGGCGGAGACCAUUCAUACUGAAAUUGGGGUAGUUUGCCACAAUAUACAAAACAUGCUCAGGGAGUUCGAAGGUGGAACGUGGCGGCAUGUACGUCGAGAUGCGAAUGAGGCAUCACACAUUGUAGCACAUAUGAAGGCUCGGUGGGAUUAG